CCAGCUCUGCAGCACCUUUCAGCCCCUCAGUACAUCUAGUUGCUGUCAACCACAGAACUCACACCAUUCUGUUUCAUUCUCUGUUUGGACAGUGAGCUCACCUCCCCUCUCUCUCCUCACGCUACUGCAGGGUGGGAGAUGCAACAAUGGCCUUGAGAACAGCAGGAAGUGUGUUGGUGGUCUUUCUCUGGUCUGUAGCAGUGAUUCUGGGUCAGAAUAGCAGGAUUGUGACCUACACCAAGAAUAGUUUCUGUACCUUGAAGGGGUCAACAGUGGAUCUAUCCUGCUCUUACACAUAUCCCAGAGGUCAUACAGUCACAGCAACCACAUGGUAUAAAUGGAAGAGUUUGACCUGGACUCACAUCCCAGAUAAAUAUGAGGAUCGUAUAGAGUACCGUGGGAAUAAGGAGAAUGACUGCACCCUGAGAAUCACAGACCUGAGAGAGGAGGAUUCAGCAUCAUAUUACUUCUCAUUUUCAACAGGCUCAAGGACAUCUGGCUCAGCUGUCACUCUCUCUGUCACAGAUCUAAAGGUGACUGGGGGAACAAGAGGGGAGUAUUGGACGACACUGACCUGUAUCACCACCUGUACUCUGACUGACAACCCCACCUACAUCUGGUACAAGAACGGACAACAUCAACACGAGAGAACCUCCCCCCAGUACAAAUACUCAGUCUACAGUAACAGUAAAGACAGCUACUCCUGUGCUGUAAAAGGCCAUGAGGAUCUCCCCUCUCCUGCAGUGUGUGUUCAGGGUCAGAGCUGCAACAGAGUGACUUACACCAAGAGGACAAUCUGUGUCUUGAAGAGGUCAACAGUGGAUAUAUCCUGUACUUAUAUAAGUGGUGAUGAUACAGUCAAAUCAUCACUCUGGUUUAGUCCUAAACAGAGUGACAGCUGGAGGGAUGAGUUGAUCCCUGAGGACCUAACCACAGACCCAGGGUAUGCAGGUCGUGUGGAGUAUGUUGGAGAGAAGGAGAGAGGUCGCUCCACCCUGAGAAUCACAGAUCUGAGAGAGGAGGACUCUGCUCAGUACAAGUUCAUAUUCAACACACAGACAUCAAGAUGGGGACACAGCUUCCCUGGAACAACUCUGACUGUCACAGACCUGCAGGUGAAGGUGACUCCUGCCACAGAGGCAGGGAAGAGGACACUGACCUGUAUCACCACCUGUACUCUGCCUGACAACCCCACCUACAUCUGGUAUAAGAACAGACACAAAGUAAAGGAGGACACUUCCAGCCUGGACUCAGACUCCUUUAGUGAUGCAGACAGUUACUCCUGUGCUGUAAAAGGCCAUGAGGAUCUCCUCUCUCCUGCAGUGUGUCAGAAGUGUUGGAGUGUGACUUACACCCAUCAGAGUAUCUGUGCUUUGAAGGGGUCAACAGUGGACAUAUCCUGCUCUUACACAUAUCCCAGUUACCAUGAGAUCAAACAAGCUUUCUGGUUUACUAAAUGGUCUGGUAUGGAUCCUGUAGAUCUGAGCUCAGUGCCAGGGUAUGAGGGUCAUAUAGAGUACCUUGGGGAUAAGGAGAGUGACUGUACCCUGAGAAUCACACACCUGAGAUUGAGUGACUCUGCUGGGUUCAGGUUCAGAUUCAUAACAUCUGGAGGAAAGUAUUCUGGCUCACCUGUCUCUCUGACUGUCACAGAUGUUGUGUUGGAGAUGGAUCCUACAUCUGUGUCAGAGGGGGAGAGAGUCACACUGAGAUGUAGAACCAACUGUACACUGGACCCCAUCACAGUCUACAGUUGGUAUAAGAAUGGACAGUCUAUACCAAACAGCAACACCUCCUCUCCUGUCUAUAUCCUGUUCUCAGUCAGCAGUGAGGAUACAGGCAGAUACUCCUGUUCUGUAGAAGGACAUGAGGAUCUCCCCUCUGCUGAAGAGACUCUCACUGUCACAUAUGGACCAAGGAACACCUCAGUGUCAGUCAGUCCCUCUGGUGAAAUAGUGGAGGGCAGUUCAGUGACUCUGACCUGCAGCAGUGAUGCCAACCCACCUGUGGACAAAUACACCUGGUACAAGAAGAACGUAGCCUCACCAAAGGCAUCAGGACAGAGUUACAACAUCACUAACAUCAUCUCUGAGGACAGAGGAGAAUAUUACUGUGAGGCUGAGAAUAUAAUAGCAUCUAAUAACUCUACAGCUCUGAUGAUCAUUGUAGCAGGGAAACAGACCUCAGUUCUGGUUCUCAUCCUCUGUCUCUCUGGACUCAUGUUGUUCAGGAAGAAGGCCUCCAAACCCACCAACACAAGAGACACAGCAGACGAUGGACAGGGAGACUCUAGUCCAGUGUAUGACAACAUCUCAAACAUGGCCAUGACCUCUACUGCAGCACAGACAGCUGACACAGACAACCAGGAUGAUGUUCACUACGCCAGUGUCCACUUCUCUGGCUCCAAAAACCAGGAAGUGCCUCUGUACUCCACCGUCCAGCUGCAUCAACCACAGAAACAGGACCAAGAUGUCCAAUACGCUGCUGUGAAAUUCAACCUCCCCAGUUCUACCACCCGACCUGCAGCAGCACAAGCAGCUGAGGAGGACUCCUCUGUUCUCUACAGUACAGUCAAUAAACCCUGAACCAAGAAGACCUGAACACAACAAACCCAGAACCAAGAAGACCCAAACACAACAAACCCAGAACCAAGAAGACCUGAACACAACAAACCCAGAACCAAGAGUACCUGAACGCAACAAACCCAGAACCAAGAAGACCUGAACACAACAAACCCAGAACCAAGAAGACCUGAACACAACAAACCCAGAACCAAGAAGACCCAAACACAACAAGCCCUGAACCAAGAAGACCUGAACACAACAAACCCAGAACCAAGAAGACCUGAAUGCAACAAACCCAGAAAGAAGAAGACCUGAACAGAACAAGUUUGACAAAAACCUUGUAUAUCUGGACCUGUAUAUCUAAACUAAGUGAUAUAAUGCCUGUGGAGGUGUGGAAUAUUGACCAUUAUAAACUGGGUGGUUGGAGCCCUGAAUGCUGAUUGGCUGACAGGUGUGGUAUACCAGACCGUAUACCAUGGGUAUUAACAUUUGUAUUUACUGGUCUAAGGACAUUGGUAACCAGUUUAAAAUAAGGCACCUCUGGGUUUGUGGUGCAUCCAAGC